AUGCUAACAGCUCUGACUGACAAAAUGAUAACAAAUAUAUCUGACUACGUACUAACAAAUGAAGAAAAGGAAGCAAUUGGAAAAGGACUGAAGUUUACACCCAACUCACAGAAAGUAGGAAGAGAAGUAUUCAAGGCUAGUGUGUUUAUUUAUAGCAAUUAUAUAAUGAGUGUUUCAGAAAUAGACAAUCUUCGACAAGAAGCAGAAGAUUUAAAAAGACAGAUAAAAGAUGCACGCAAAUCUGGAGAUUAUGUUGCUUCUCGUGGCGCCGACAAAAUAUGUACAAUUCACAAUUUAAAAACUAAACAAAAUAUUAGAAUAACACGGGAGUUGUAUGGACAUACAGGUCAUGUAACUUGUUGCAGAUUUUUAGAUGAUGCUCAAAUUUUAACUAGUUCUGCAGAUAAAACUUGUAUGUGGGACAUUAAAACUGGACAACAACUAGAAUCAUUUAUUGGUCAUACUGACGAUGUUACGAGUCUAUCUUUUUGCAAUGAUAUACGUGACGACUGUUUUCUAAAACUUUUUUUAAAAGCGGACGACUAA